CGCUGCGGCAGCGCGCCCCGCCCCCGUCGCUAGGGAAGUGAGGUCACGCAGUAUGGUGGCUGGGGGCCGGAGGGGCUGAGGCGCCGGUCGUGUCGGGAAUCCGUGUCCAUCUUGCUCGGGAGGUGCGGCGACGGGCUUGACUGUCUCGCUAGUGUCGAGCGGCGAGACCAAAGCCGCGAUGGCAUCCGAAACCGUAGGACUGUGAGGCAUCAGAACGAGAGCCAGCAGACCGGGCAGAGCAACAGAACCGGGUCGCGGACGAGCCGAGCUGCCGCCAUGGAGCUGAGGGUUGGGAACCGGUACCGGCUGGGCCGGAAGAUCGGGAGUGGCUCCUUCGGGGAUAUCUACCUGGGAACUGAUAUUGCUGCUGGAGAGGAGGUUGCAAUAAAGUUGGAAUGUGUGAAAACCAAACAUCCUCAGCUCCACAUCGAGAGUAAAAUCUACAAAAUGAUGCAGGGUGGAGUGGGUAUUCCCACAAUUAAGUGGUGUGGAGCUGAAGGGGACUACAAUGUUAUGGUGAUGGAGUUGUUGGGACCGAGUCUUGAAGAUCUCUUCAAUUUUUGUUCAAGGAAAUUUAGUCUCAAGACAGUCCUAUUACUUGCUGACCAAAUGAUUAGUCGAAUUGAAUAUAUUCACUCUAAGAACUUCAUCCACCGAGAUGUGAAGCCAGAUAACUUCUUAAUGGGCCUGGGGAAGAAAGGCAAUCUUGUCUACAUAAUAGACUUUGGACUAGCAAAAAAGUAUCGAGAUGCUCGAACUCAUCAACAUAUUCCAUAUCGUGAAAAUAAAAACUUAACGGGAACUGCCCGUUAUGCAUCCAUCAACACUCAUCUUGGAAUUGAGCAAUCUCGCAGAGAUGACUUGGAGUCCUUGGGCUAUGUACUGAUGUAUUUUAACCUGGGCUCCCUCCCCUGGCAGGGACUGAAAGCAGCAACAAAGAGGCAGAAAUACGAACGUAUCAGUGAAAAGAAAAUGUCUACACCCAUUGAGGUUUUGUGUAAAGGAUAUCCUUCUGAAUUUGCCACAUACUUGAAUUUCUGCCGUUCUUUGCGUUUUGAUGACAAGCCGGACUAUUCCUAUUUAAGGCAAUUAUUCAGAAACCUUUUUCAUCGGCAAGGAUUCUCCUAUGACUAUGUAUUUGACUGGAACAUGCUGAAAUUUGGUGCAAGCAGAGCAGCUGAAGAUGCUGAACGUGAAAGACGGGAACGAGAGGAAAGAUUAAGACAUACACGAAAUCCAGCUGUACGUGGAUUACCCUCCACUGCUUCUGGCAGGAUAAGAGGAACGCAAGAUGUAGCUCCUCCUACUCCCCUUACCCCAACUUCACAUGCUGCCAACACCUCUCCUCGGCCAGUAUCCGGUAUGGAACGAGAAAGGAAAGUGAGUAUGAGAUUGCAUCGUGGUGCCCCAGUCAAUAUCUCCUCGUCUGAUUUAACAGGCCGACAAGAUACCUCUCGCAUGUCAACUUCGCAGAAUAGCAUUCCUUUCGAACACCAUGGCAAGUAGCUGCUCGUCUCCUUUCGUUGGAAGGCAGCACUGGAUUCCUGCUCGGGUUACUACCAGUGUUCUCCAGUCUGCUGUGCACCGGUGAAAAUUAUUUUGCCAUGGAGGGCAGAUAAUGCAUGGCUGAUCUCCCAUGUUGCCAGUGGCUUUACUAGCAAAUAUACCCUAAACUAGAGCGGAAAUUGGAGUUCUCCAUGUGACCUAAAAAGCUCUUGGAGGAACAUGCAGAGACUCCAGCAGCUGCCAUUACAGGACGCUUUUCCCAGAAACCCAAUGACCUUAAGAGAACCCUGUGGUAACAGGGCUGGAAAAGAAAGAUGGUUUACAGAGUUCACCGCCUGUUACUGGAUGGCCAUUUCAGUUUUCCCUCCACAGGCGGCAGACUUUACUCCCUUUUUAUUAUUCUACUGUAACUAUAAAUCUUUUACUUGGUUUAAGAAAGUUUUUUGUAUCAUUUUGCUAAAAUUAUUGGCUUACUUCUCUGUAAAGAACUCUUGCUUUUGUCUGAUUUAAAAAUGUAGAGUAUAAACAAACCUGAACUAAAGAUAAUGACUUGAAAUUUCUUGUUUAAAAGAUUAGUCUGCCAGGGAACAUGUAAAUGAAUCAAAACCAUCUGCUGUUAUUUAAAUUGUUUACUUUCACGUAUUGUCCCAUUCUGAGUCGGUUUUUUCAUGAAGAUUUUAAAACUGUUAGAGGUUUAUGUUACUGUUUGCUGUCUUCAUUCACACUGGACAUUUAACUUUCUGUGUAGCACAAAUGAAUUUUUAAAUACUCAUUGUGUUUCAUAGAAGAGGAUAACAAAAUACCCUGCAGGAGAGUCUUAAGUAUAGUAGAGAUUGUAAUGAUGAAUUUCUUUUUUUGUAAAGAACAUUAAGAACAAAGUAAAAGACUGACACUUGAGGGAUUUAGAAUUAGAAAGCUUGUUCUGUCUCUCUGCUUAGUUUGGGUGAAUGGAUACUUUCAAACAUUGUUUUUACUCAGAAAAUUUUGUUUCUUCUCCGCUGAGGCUGAUUAGCUUGGAGACUGUUACAAGUGCAAAAUAGACAUUGCUGCUGAAUCUUCAGAGAAUUUGCAUGUUUCAUUCAGAAUCCACAUGUUUAUAAAUACAUUGAUUUAGGCCUUCUGUUACAUGCCAAGACUCAAAAAAGGAAUUCUUAUACAAAAAAAAAAAAACCCUAAAUAACACCCCACAAACAUAAUAACCUAUUCUUGCCAUAAAAUCCUGAGAAUUUUUACAAUUCAGAUGCAUAUCAUAUUUAAUUCUUAAGUAUAUUUAACCUGAGAAUGCCCAGAGUAAUUAUCUAGGCAUGAAUGACUCAACAUGCUCAGGUUGUUGCAGGUAUUGUUGGCUCCUGUUGGUUAUGAAAUAUGGGAAAUUCUUCAUACUGUCUGUUACUGUAAAUGGUCUUGUAAAAGUACGUGUUCUGUCCUUAUGGUACUUGGAACAGUACCAGAACUCUUUAUGACUGAAAUUAUGGGAAGUUCUGUGCUGGAAAGUAUGUACAGAGAUUUUGUUUGAACAGUUAGGUAUUUUGAGAAAUGGAGACAAUUUUUAAAGGUAUAUUGGUCUGCAGAUUUUUAUGAAGAGUAGUUUUUAUUUUUGGGGUGUUUACAAAUUCUUUUUUGCCCCCUCAAAAGUCCCCGUACCAAGAAUUAUCAUUCUUCUUUGGAUGCUUUCAUAACAGUAGCUAUUUGCUUGUGUUUACUCUGGGUCAGACUGGGGAAAUGUGUGUUUGGGGAGAGUAUAGUGGAAAAGCGCAAGAAUUUGAUUGAUUGGUAAGUUUGCAUAAGAGAAUUAUUUCCUCAGUUACUAUAAACUUUGGUAUUUUAGGCAUGUGCACUACCAUUUGAGCAGUUUUACACUUCACUGUGCUUUUCUUGUAAAUAUCUGUGGUUAAUAGUGUAGUGUUUGAGGGACUGAAAAAAGCAGCCUUUUUAUUUCCUAUGUAUCUGGACCAUUAGAUUGCUGUACUAUACUUAAAAGUUAACUGCAGAUUUCUAGAAUUGUACUCACUUGUGGGCAGUUUUUGUCCUCAUAAUAGCUAAAUUCCAUCAUGCAGAAAAUAGUUGGACUGUCUAUAUGAACCUGUGUAUAAACCAGUAUCUCAAAGCACUUCAUUUGUACUACCACUGUAUUUGUGUAAUUUAACAGUUGUGUAAAUACAUUCAUAAUAACUUC